AUGGACAUCAACGCGAUCGCCUCUGGAUGUGCCGUUUUAUCAUUGUCGGAAGAGGAUGUCGGGGGUCUCGAGGCACCGGACAUUCAUACGAUCCAAACGACAAACUCUCAUCACGAUCUGGUUGGGCGAUUCCUGACGGAUCGACCGAUCAAAUUCGACCACAUGCAGCAGGUACUGGCCUCAGUAUGGCGCCCAGUGAUGGGCAUGCGUGUUCUCCCGAUGGAUGACAACCUGAUCGUAUUCCAAUUUCCGCACCUGAAGGAUCUUCAACGCGUGAUAGAUGACGGCCCCUGGUCGUUCGAAAAUCAAACGCUCGUAUGUGCCACGGUUCCGACGGGCAUCAGGCCUGAUGAGGUGCUUCUCACCGGUAUCUCGAUUUGGGUCCAGAUCCACGAUCUCCCCACCAUUUACGCAUCAUCUGAUUUCAUUGCUCGCAUUGGCGAUUAUGUGGGCACUUUUCUGGCGGCGGAUCCUCACAAUUUUGGGGGAUCUUGGCACAGUUUCUUUCGUAUUCGUGUGCGUCUGGAGGUACAGACUCCUCUGAAGCGACGUAUGAAGAUGCACCGGAAGGAUGGCACGGUCCAGUGGAUCAAUUUCAAAUAUGAAAGGUUAGGCACUUUUUGCUUUUGUUGUGGGGUGCUCGGGCACUCAGAGAAAUUCUGUAGGAAAGUGUAUGAGGAAGGCGUCACUCCUGAAGAAUACCCAUACGGGGCAUGGAUGCGGGCGGGGGCUCGACGUCAGGCUCGUCCAAUUGGGGCGAAAUGGCUCUUAGCCGAUCUCCCACAAACUCCGACAGUCAUGCAGGAAUCCAUCGUAGGGGAGAAGCCACGAGAUGUGACAGAGAUCGAAGAAGCCAGUGGUAUACAGGGCGAGCUGAAGAGACGCAGGGAAGGGAGUAGCGUUGAGCAGGACGUGGUUAUGUUUGAGAACCCAAAAAACUCAUCUCCGGCGGGUCUGACAGCUCAGACUCGCCCUACACAAUGA